GCCCCUUUGUCUUUUUUCAUGGUCUCCAGUUACUCAUAAAAAUAGUUGCUCACUACAAAAAUUCUAUAUUAUAUGUGGCUCUGGAAUGAUUAACACUAUUAAUUUUAUUGAAAAGCAGAUUUUUAAUUACCAUUAAGUAACAUACCUUUGCAAAGUAAAAAUAUCAGCAAUAAAAUGGAGAUAAUGACAAUAAAACUAAAUAUCCCUUAAAACUAAGUUGUUAAUGUUUUUAUGGUGUAAUAGGGUUAAAUUCAACAAUUAACAUGUAAAAUCUACUGUGAUCUGGUGCCAUAUAUACUGAAGGCUAUAUUAGUUAUCACUCCUCUUGAGUUAAAGCUUUAGAGAUCAGUUGUGAUUCAUUUUCCGUCCAGGAAACAUUGCUUUGGCGAUUUUGUUAUGUACAUGAUAUCACAUUUUAUAAAAUUUUAAGUGUCUCUACUAACUAAAUGAUGACUCGAGAUUGGAGAAUAGUACCUGUUGAAGAUAUAACAGAGGAUGUUAGAGCUGACAUUAUACGACCAAGGGGAGUGGUUCGCAUUGAACCUGUUAGAGAAAAUAAGUCAAAACUCAAGCUUGCGGCAGAAUGGGUACAGGAACAAUUGUGGGAUCGGCCACACAGUUGCUGGCAGGAUUACCUCACACUACUGGUUCUCACUCUGGUCAUGUGGCUGUUGCUUGUCAUUCUGUUUGGGGACCAGGUGACACCUAGUGGAGACAUGUUCCGGAUGCUGGUGCUAAUACUGUGUGCUGCAGUGGCUGCUCCUCUGACAGCACUACUGAGACUGCCUCCUCUCCUUGGCAUGUUGUUUGCUGGUAUUAUCCUUCGUACUGUAGGCUUCUACCAUGUCUCUGGAAUCUACCUCACUAUUGUCGCUAACCUAAGACAGACAGCUAUGACUGUGAUCUUGAUCAAGGCAGGACUAGGACUGGACCCUGCCACCUUGAUCAAGUUGUCCUUAGUUGUGGUGAGACUGGGCAUGUGUCCAUGUACGAUAGAGGCUAUCACCAUCGCUCUUAUUGCUGUCUUCCUGCUGGGCUGGCCAUGGCUCUGGGCACUUGUCUUGGGAUUCCUUUUGUGUGCCAUCUCACCGGCUGUCGUGGUGCCCACUCUACUGGACCUUAAGGAGCGAGGCUAUGGUGAAGACAAAGGUAUCCCAACCCUGGUUCUGGCUGCCUGCAGUCUUGACGACAUCACCGCCAUCUCCAUGUUCUCUCUCUUCCUUGGCAUGAUCUUCAGCACUGGUGACUUGACUCAUCAAAUUCUACAAGGACCUACAGAUAUCCUGGUGGGAUUAGUGUCAGGGAUCCUGUGGGGGAUUGUGUCCGGCAGCUUACCUCAUCGGGAUGAUGACUUGGCUGUAUGGAAGAGGUCAGCCAUGGUGGGAAUAGGUGGUCUGUGUGCUAUACUAGGAGCUCCGAAAGCAGGUUUCCCCAGCGCUGGACCUCUUGCCUGUGUUACUAUUGCCUUCGUUGCUUCAGUGUGCUGGAAGACCCAAGGUCCCAUGUCUAACAAGACUCAAGUUGCAGAUGUGUUCUCCAUACUCUGGCGCAUCCUGGAGCCGAUGUUGUAUGCUUUCAUCGGAGCUGAGAUUGACCUGACCAUCCUUGAUUUGCACACAGUAACCUGGGGCGCUGCCGUUAUCACCGGAGCUCUGCUGGUGAGAUUGGUGGUAUGUUGGGUGGUGUUGCUGGGCGCAGGACUCAACUGGAAGGAGAUCUUCUUCGUGGGACUUGCCUGGCUGCCCAAGGCUACAGUACAGGCGGCUCUGGCUCCUCUGCCGCUGACAAUGGUGCAGGCUCAGAAUCCUGUUCCUGCCUCCGAUCUGGACAUGGCCUCUCAGAUCCUGACUGUGGCGGUGCUAUCCAUCCUCAUCACCUCUCCCCUGGGGGCCAUUGGUACCACCAUUGGGGGUCCUCGGCUUCUCAAACAGUCCGGCAUGGCGUCAACCUGAAUGUACUUAACUCUUGUAGCAUGUACAAUGUUAGCAAAUAUACUAUUUUUUUUAUAAA